AUGGUGUGGCCUUUUGGAGGAAACAACAACAAAGAGCAGGAAGCUGCACCUGAAUCAAGCCAGCAACUCCAACAAACGCUGGGCUUCGAUCCUAGCACCAUCUCCGAUGUUUCCAAUAUCAUCAAGAGUCCUGGUGUGUUUGAUACAAACUCCCUCCACCCGUUGGCCGGCUUAGACAAAGACCUCGAGUACUUAGAUUUGGAAGAUGAACAACUGUCCCCAUUGGAAGGUUCUCAGGGUUUGAUUGCAUCUCGUGGAUGGUCUGACGAUUUAUGUUACGGAACAGGAACCGCCUAUUUGCUAGGUCUUGGAACUGGUGGCCUCUACGGAUUCCGUGAGGGGGUGGCCAAUCUACCCAAAGGUGCCGAUGUCAGUGGUAAGUUAAAACUGAACACUAUUUUGAAUCACGUCACAAGAAGAGGUCCUUUCUUAGGGAAUUCUGCUGGUGUCCUAGCCGUGACUUACAACAUCAUAAACUCAACUCUGGAUUCCUUCCGUGGUAAGCACGACACAUACAACUCUCUGGCUGCUGGAGCUUUGGCAGGAGCUAUUUUCAAAUCUUCCAAGGGAAUUAAACCAAUGGCUAUAUCCUCAGGAUUGAUGGUGCUUGCUGCGGGCGCCUGGUGUGGACUCAAAGAGCUUCUGUCGUAA